AGCCUACCGGGCCCAGAAGAAGAAAAGCGCAAAGUCUGAUGUUGAGUUUCGAUUUCUGAGAUGGACCUCCAAACUCACUUAAAGGCCAUUCUGAAAAACAAAUACCAGAAUUUGAAGGACCUCAUCCUUCCCAUCAACCUGAGCUAUGAGAGCACGGAAGAGUUCAUAAGUAAAACCCACUACAGCUGGUAUAUCGAUUACUCGCACCUUUGUGGUUCUAGAGAAUAUCCCUCUUUUCCGUUAGAAGAUCUUCUUAAAUGCACUGGUAACCACAAAGGAAAUCAAAAAACUGUCCUCACUUUUGGAGCGUGUGGCAUUGGGAAAACCACGGCUGUGCAGAAGUGUGCUCUGGACUGGGCUGAAGGCAGAGCACAUACACACAUAGAUUUAUUGUUUCCUAUUCCAUGCUGGGAAUUAUGUCUGCUGGAAAAAGAAGAUCUUAGUCUGAUUGAACUACUUAAAUUGUUUUUCCCAUGUUUGAAAGACCUAAACUCAAAUAGUUUGUCUGAUAAGAAAGUAUGGUUUGUGUUUGAUGAGCUGGAUGAUUUAAACGGAAUGCUGAACAUGUCUUGUCCAACAAUAGACAAUGUCAACCAAGUGACUCCUGUUGACACGCUUCUUCCAAAUCUAAUAAAGGGAAACCUGCUUCCCAAUGCAAACAUUUGGGUAACUGCCAGACUUGCUGAAAUAAAUUUCAUUGAUAAUUUCUAUAUUAUGAAAGAGACAGAAAUGGUCGGAUUCAGCGAUGAGCAAAAGGAACAGCACAUCCGGAAGCUGGUUGGUGACGACGACCUCGCAAACAGAGUGAUUGACCACAUCAAAAUAUCAAGAAGUCUUCACUGUUUGUGCCGAAUCCCAUACAUGUGCACCGUAAUGGCCACUGUUCUCAAAAAACAUGUCAAAACAAGUGAUUAUAAAAUACGUCCACUGACUUUGACUCAGAUUUACAGCAGUCUGACAGGAGAAUCACUAUCUGAUUUUAUUUCAAAACGUACCAUUUUUGCACAAUAUUCCUUGACUUAUUACUGUUACUGGGCACCUGAAGAGUAUGUGAAUGGAAAUAAUGCUGAAAUCACUGUUGCUGAGGUAUCAACAUUUGCCCGAGAGCACCCUCUUGUGCUCAAAGAAGAGAAGAGUGUGCGUGGAGUGGCCACUUUUCAUUUUGCCCAUCUAAGUGUCUUAGAGUACUGUGUUGCUGUGGUCAGACUAAAUGAAGUAACCAGAAAUAACCCCCCUGAGCAGUAUUCAGCUGCCUGUCUCAAAAUGAUUGAUAUGGUAGAACGCGAUGGCCAACAUGGACAAUAUGACAUUUGUUUUCGUUUCUUUUUUGGCCUCCUCCAAGAGCGGGGCACACUCCAAAUUUCAGAUCCAUUCUUUGCACACAUCAGGAAAGAUCUGCAGGAAUAUGUUUUUGACCACACAUACGUGAACCGAUUUCAUUGGCUGAGGGAGUUCGACAGUCAGGCUUUAUUGAAUGAUGCUGAGAUCUUUGAAGAGACUGGUUGCCCACCUGUCCCAGACUUCACUUUCGAAGAAUGGAUGCAAAUUUUUCAGAUGAUCACAAACGUAGAAGGAAUUCAUGCUAAGUUUGAGAUGGAACUCUCCUCAAGGUGCGAUGAGAAAGUCCUCAAAAGUCUCCCUGAAAUUCAGAAAUCCAGAAAAGCUGAGCUGCGAUUCUCAAACCUGUCAGACACUUGUUGUCCUGCCCUGGCCUCUGUUCUUGGUGUCAAAGAGUCCCAUUUGAGGGAGCUGGACCUGGGCUUCAACAGCAUCACUGACAGGGGGGUGGAGAGCCUGGUCCAGGGCCUGAGUGACCAGGAUUGCAGGCUAAAGUCCCUUCGUCUUCAGGGCUGUGAGCUGACUUCCUCUGCCUGUGAACACCUGGCAACAGUCUUAAAACAGAGGCCAAACCUGAAGGAGCUGGAUCUCAGCUGCAAUAGUAUCGGAGAUGUGGGGCUGAAGCAUCUUGCCAGUGGUUUGGAGUCACCCAUGUGUCAACUAGAAACACUUAGAAUUUCUCAGUGCAACAUUAAAAGGGAGGGUGGCUUCCAUCUGGCCUCAGCACUGGAGAAAAACCCUAGUUACCUAAAGUGGCUGGACCUGAGCAUCAACAGGAUAGGAAACAAGGCUGCGAAUGAACUUUUUACCAAGUUUGACAUAUCAAGACUGAGAAAACUGGAAAUGUACUUUUGCGGCCUCACAGAAAGGUGCUGUGCCAGGAUUUCGGAUGCACUGAAACUUGAGAAGGGCAAUCUGGUGGAACUGAACUUAAGCAGCAACAACUUGAAGGAUGCAGGAGCUCAUUUGAUCAGUUCAGGCCUGUUUGCCUGGUCUAGACUUGAAAAACUCAAUAUGUCGAGAUGUGGAAUCUCCAAGCUUGGCUGUUUUUACCUCUCCAAAGUGCUGUCCUGCAUCUCAGCGUUCUACAAUAAAAAUAUGCGCAUGGAAAUCGGCUGGCAGGCGACAGAGUUGAGGGAGAUGGACCUGAGCAGGAACAAGCUCACAGAUGAAGGGGCUGUGUACAUUUCCACUGGACUGUGUAAUCCUUACAGCCACCUCCGAAGGCUCAACCUGAUUGAAUGCAGUCUCACUAGUGACUGCUGCUCUGACCUGGCAUCUCAUCUGUCGUCCUCUAAAUGCACUGUGGCUGAGUUGGACCUCUCCAGUAACAACAUACAGGACAGGGGCAUCAAGAAGCUCUGUGUGGCCCUCAAAAGCACUGAAUGUGCUCUCCAGAAGUUAUUUCUCAGAAACUGUGGCCUCACAUCCAAGUGUGUUCCCUACUUCAACAUGGCCCUUAAAACCAACCUUCACCUGACCGAGCUGUUUUUAUUGGGCAACCAGUUCGAUGACAUCGCCAAAAAAGUGUUAUUGGGGAUGAUCAAAAAUAUUGCGUACAUGUUACAAACUGUUGAUGUCUUGAUUGACUGAACAAGAAUGAAGAUGGAUUCAGUUAUUUUACUAUAUAUUUUUUUGUUUUUGUUGUUUUUACAAUGUUUCUAAAAAUACCUAAGUGUCUUAAGG